CCCAGCUUCUAUUUACUUUAUUUAAACAGCUAUAAAGCGCGAUAGUAUACUUUUCCCUUGAACUGUUGAAUCCGCGAGUGGCAGUAUAACUCACAAUGGCCACCCCUAGAUCGCAUGGCCGGGGGACACCGCAAGACUCUCCAGCCUCAGAUGCGAACACCCCAGGGGAAACCACAUUGACCCGGCUGCAGCGACUUCCGAGGCAUCUUGGCACCCCUAGCCGCUACAGCAUGCCGGGAAGCCCAUGGACAGGCCGACGGACGCCAAGAAGGAGAGUCACUGCUGCGCCUUCAACGCCUUAUGGACUACGUGCGAUGCAGAGACGCGCAGCCAACACGCCUAGUCGUGAUCGACGGAAAAGCGGGCGGGUGCAAAGAGAAUCCACCUUUGACGUUUUGAAGACUCUGGGAAAAGCAUUGGCUCCUACGUCUCAGUUGAUACACUCGUCACCUUCAGUUGAAUCCAAGCCGCCUUCCGAGGAAGUGAAAGACGAAAUUGAUGAGUUAGAUAGGGAGCCCGAGGUUGAACGGCCGAGAUUAUCUUUACCGAUAGAGGAAGAGGACGAGGAAGGGGAGAAUGAUGGGGGUAUCGAGAUGCGGCCCCCUAGACUCUCGUUGGCAAUUGAUGAAGAGGAGAUUACGCUGAGGUCGGUCGAGUAUCCUCGCGAGGCGGGCGACGAGAGUAACCAGGGGAGACCAUCCUUGAUGAGUUACGCUGGUGUUAGGCUAAGUGAGAAUUUCGGAGAGACAACCGGACUGGAAAGUGGCUCGGAACGUGGUGAUGACACGGGGUUACGAGGCGCUUUCGAAGGGGAGGAUGAUACUACCAUCAGCCAAGGCGCCUUUGACAAGGGUGGAGAAACUCAGGAUCUUGGACGUUUCAAUUUUACUUUCGACUUUCCUUCUCCCGCGGCCCCUGCCAUUGAGGAUCCGGCAGAGGUACCCAUGCACGACGAAGUAUUUGAACUGACGGCAAUGGACGUACAACCAGACUUGGCUGCCACCGAUUUUCCUUCCUCUGACGAUGCAGCAGGUGGCUUUGGACUUGACCUCAAUCUCUCCCCUCAGGCAUCCCUCAGCGAAAGCCCGGGGAUAAUCGGGGGAGGAUUGAGAAACGAAGAUAUUUCUGAAUCAGGUCCAAAGCAAAAGAAGCUUUCAAGGCACGGAAUUCCUAUUCCAAAUAUUCCCUCGGGAGUAGUUCGAAAACUGGCCACCCAGUUUGCGCGAUCUAGAGCUAUGUCCAAGACCAAGAUUAACAGGGAUACCUUGGCUGCGAUCGAGCAAGCAACAUCCUGGUUUUUCGAACAGAUGAGUGAGGACCUGGCGGUAUAUUCCAAGCAUGCAGGAAGGAGUACUAUCGAUGAGAGCGAUGUCAUGACGUUGAUGCGAAGGCAACGUCACAUCAACAACUCGACAACCAUUUUCUCCCUUGCACAAAGGCACCUGCCCAAGGAGCUACUUCAAGAGAUGAGGCUGGUGAUGCCUCCGUGA